AUGAAGACCAAUGCUCAUUACCUGUCUAUACUUUAUCUCCUCGGGAUAUUGUUUGGAGUUUUGGAUGGAUGUAAUUAUACAUUUAUUGAGCACAAGUGCAUAGUUGAUAUAUACUGUACAUUUCCUUUCGAGAGCUUUGAAAGCAGUUUAUUAGAAAAUCAUGGAGAAUGUGUUCCAGAUAGAGUCUACCGUAAUCAUAUUUUACCUAUAUCUCUAAAAUAUAAAAUUAAAUCUAUGGAUAUUUUAUUUCAAGAUGGCUAUGAUUUAUAUAAGAACAUAAUUUCUAUUGAUCUUAGUGGAAAUGAUUAUGACAUAUUACCUUCAAUUAAUUAUGAACUACCAUUUUUAAAAUUUUUAAAUGCAUCAAAUAACAAAUUAUUUGUUGCAAAUCUAUUUAAUGAUUAUAAUUUGGAUUCCCUUGAAGAAAUUGAUUUUUCCCAUAACCUAAUAACUAACAUAGAAGUAAAUGACAACUAUUACGUAUUUAGGAAAUUAGUUAAUAUAUCCCUCUCGUAUAAUAAUUUGCAUGACAUUUCGAAGGCUACAUUCAAGAGUUUCUCAGAUCUUAAACACUUAGAUUUAUCCUACAACCACAUUGCUAAUAUUAGUUUGUUUACUUUUGAAGGUUUAACAAAAUUGUCAGUUUUGCGACUUUCUUACAAUAGUUUAAAUGAUAUCAAUUGGUCGCUAUUUCGAUUCCAUGAACUUCAAGAGCUAUAUUUGAAUAACAAUAACAUUAAAACAGUUUUAGUUCGUGACUUUGAAACAGUGCAAAAACUUAAAAUACUAGAUUUAAGUCAUAAUUCUAUCGUUUAUAUGGAGGAAAAUAUUUUUAAAGCUGUACCACUUUUAAAACAAAUUAAUUUGAGUCACAAUUUAUUGACAAAUAUUAGCAAAAGUAUCUUCAUAGACAAUUUGUAUUUAGAAAGUGUAUAUUUAUCAAAUAAUAAAUUAAUUGAAUUACCAACUGAUCUUUUCAAAGGCAAAAAUAUAUUAGCAUUUUCAAUAGAACAUAAUUAUUUAGGAGGAAUUUUAAAAAGAGGUAUGUUUGAAGGAUUAAAGUUGUGUGGUAUUCUAGACGUAAGUAACCAAGAGUUCACUUUUAUUGAAGAUUAUGCAUUUUUUGGUCUUGAAAAGCUUACAGGGCUUUUAUUAAAUAAUAAUCUUAUAGAAACUGUUUCAAAUAAGUCAUUUAAGACACUUAAAAAGUUAAAACUGCUUGAUUUAUCUUAUAAUCGAAUAACUGAUAUAGAUUUUGAAAAAGAAGACUUAGAAAGCCUUGAGUCUUUAUUACUGAGAGGUAAUAAUAUCAUGCAAAUCAAAGUAAAUCAAUUACACAGCCUUUACAGAUUGGAAUUACUUGAUUUAUCUCGAAAUAAUAUAUCAAGAAUUGAAUCUAAAUCUUUUCAAGCAUUAAGUAAUAUUAAUAAUUUCCAAAUAUCUAAAAAUCCUUUGACUGGUGAAUUGGAAUCAAAUACUUUUGGAGGGUUACAUCAAGUCCCAAUGUUGGACUUGUCUAGUACAUAUUUGAGUGUUGUACAGAAUAGCUCGCUUAACGGUAUGCUACAAUUGAAUGAACUUAAUAUAUCUCAUAGUAACAUAAGUCAAGUUCAGUAUAAUGCAUUUUUAAACACUGGAAAUAUAGAAAUAUUAGACUUGUCGCAUAAUGAAAUAAAAUAUUUUUAUGUUAACACUACACAUCUACGUAAGCUUAAUCAGUUAAUGCUCAAUAACAAUCUUAUAAAAAGUUUGCCUAGUGACUUUUUAGCAGGUAUGAAUUAUUUAAACAAAAUAUGCUUAUCUUAUAAUAGUAUAACGUUUAUUAGCGACGAUACUUUUAAUGAUCAAAGUGAUUUAAAUUAUAUUGAUUUAUCAUUUAAUUUAAAUUUGUAUAUUAAAUCUUCACUUUUUAGGGAAGUCAAAAAAUUGGAUACUUUGAUAUUAUCAAAUACUUUGUCAAAUAUAACUUUUAAUGACUUUGGAUAUAUUCCGGUAACUAAAUUAGAAAUUGCGUAUUCUAAUAUAAGUAACUUAAAUAAUCUUAACCUUAACAAAUUAAGAAAAAUCGUUUUUAUUCAGCUCAGUCACAACAAUUUAUCGCAAUUGGAAGUUGGAUCGUUUUCAAAUUUAUGUAAUGUUAAUGAAAUUGAUAUAAGUUUCAACAAAAUAAGUGUCAUACAGCCGGGAGUAUUUAAAGAUAACUUUUUGUUAAAGAAAUUGAAUAUUUCACAUAAUGCACUCACGGAAAUCGGUUAUGGUAUAUUGCGUGGCUUAGCCCAUUUAAACAUUCUGGAUGUAUCCUUUAAUUUCAUAAGGACCAUAGAAGCUGAAAGAUUUUACGAAGCAGAAAGCUUAACAGAACUUAUUAUAGAUCACAACAAAAUAAAUAAUAUAUCUUUAGAAGUUCUAAGUGGAACGAAUUUAUCAGUAUUGAGUAUUGGUGAUAAUCCGAUCCCCUGUAAAAUGCUCUCUAAUCUUGUAAAAUAUAAAGAUCCAAAACUUUCUAUAACUGCUGCUAGAUACGUAGAUACAAUGGAACAUAAUUCCUAUGGUAUUACAUGUAAUAUAAUGGAUUAUCAGUCAAAGGUUAGUAGUGUGCCUCAUACAGAAAACUUUAAUGAUAAUUUAUUAUUUGAUAUUCGUGAUAUUCUUUCUGAUAUAAAUUCUAAACAACUUGGUGAAAAUGUUGAAAAAAGUAAAACUCCAAAUUUUACGCGACUAGAGAGUUUACAUGAAGAUACUAUGAAAGAAGUAACAAAUCUAAACAAUUUCAUGUCAAAAGCAUAUGACGAAAGUAAAACUACAAAUUCAUUACUGGAACGAAUUUUAAAAACAAUAGUAUCCAUUAAUUCUCUUAAUAGGUCUAUACCAAUACCAAUAAAGGAUAAUGUAACAUCUGAUAGGGUUUUAAAUUAUAUAAGUAAGCUGAGGCAAGAUAUGUUUGAUCAGAUGACGAUAGGCAAAGAGGAAAUUCGUGCUGAAGUAGAUAGUAAGUUGUCGAUACUUAGCAAACGUAUUGAUUCAGCAACAACGAUCGUUCCUCAUUUAAAUACUGAAAAAUUGUUAUUAUCCAGUGAAGAAUCAAAAUCAACUCUUUUUGUAGAAACGUGUGUUGCUUUAAUAUUGUUUAUUUUGAAACAUCUGCUUAUUAUCGCAAAUGAUUUAGCCGAGUUAGCACGACGUAGCUGGAGUUCA